AUGGAAGUUUGGAAGAAAGUUACUAAAUAUUUCAAAGAGGAAGAUGUCUUCGAUGAAAAAACUAUUAAUUGGCCCAAAAAAGAGAAGCCAACAGAACUAGAUGACAAAAUAGAUGAAUUAACAAAUAAAUAUUCUCCAGAUGCAAGAAAUAUACUUCAAGAAAUGAACAAAAUAGCUUUAACACAAUCUAAUGAAGAUCCAAGCAAUUUUUGUUCAGCAGAAAAUCCUUUAACAAAAUAUAUUCUUCAAAAAAUAGUUGAUCUUUCUGCAGUUUCUCAACAAAGUGAUAUCAAACUUAAUAAAAAUGGAAUCAUUACUUGGAUGAUAACAGAUGAACACGAUGAAACUCCUUUCGACAAAAGAAAAGUUAUUUUUUACAAUGGCCGAAUCUCUUCUAACAUCGAAAACAACCUCAACAAGUCUCAGGAGGAGGUAAAUUCUUCAAUUACGACUACAUCUCCUAAAUUUAGAUUCGAAGGAAUAGUUUCUCAGAUUUAUUCAACAAAAAUCCUUCUCGAAACCAAACAUUACGGCUCUCUUAAGGGUUUGAUUAUAGUUUCUAUCUGUAGUUUAUCAUCUACAGUUGUUGCUGUCGCAUCUCAAGAAAUUGUUGGCGGCAGACUACCAAAUUGUGUCGUUCUUACAGAAGGAAUCGAUAAUAAAGAAGCUACAGAGAACGAAUUUAAGGUUUACGUUGGUCAACUUGGUCAUGCACAAAUUAAUGUUGAAGUUGUUGGCCAAUCAUGCCACGGAUCAAUGCCAACACAAGGAAUUAAUCCAUUGGAGUGUGGGUCCAUGAUUAUUGCAGAAGCUUCCGAACAAGCCAAACUAUUUCCAAAUCAUAAAUUCUUAGGAAAGGGAUCACGCACUUGCACAUCGUGCAAACUCGAUACCCCAUCAGAUUGUGCAGUUCCAGCUCGUUACGUAUUCGUUUUCGAUAGAUAUUUCGAAGUUGACGAAUCCGAGCAAUUAUUAACAGAAGAACUCAAUGAUUUGAGGUCCGUCGAAAUAGCCAAGAAGAGAGGCUGCAAGAUAUCAAUGAAUGUUGACAAGCUCAUUCAUUCAUGGGUCACUCCUCUCAAUAAUUUCUCAAUAAAGUCACUUUUUAUCACCAUUAAAAAGUGCCAAAGUGAAGUUCCCCUUAAAUUUGAGAAGUUCGCUAUUCCUAUCGACGACGGUUUUUCAUUAGCUUCUAAUACAGAAACAGAAGAGAAGAAUUAUGUCGAAAUGAAAGGUGUUUCACAUCCACCAAUGUUUGGAUUCACAACUUCUGAAAAUGAAAUUGCAAAAUCAAUAGGAUUGCUAUCUAAAUAUCCUUCAGUUUUUAUCAACCACUCUCCUAAAUAA